UUUCGACUACAUCGAAUUCAAAGAUACACUUUUCACACUUAUAAAGACAGAUUAUUCAAUGAUCAUCUACGGAAUUCUGAUUGUAGGAACGAUAGUUUUUACUAUAACUAGAAACAUGAUGUAUUUUAAAAUUUCUAUGAUUGCUUCUGAGAAACUGCACUCCAAGAUUCUGCAUGUUCUUUUGAAAGCACCAAUGAGAUUUUUUGAUACUAAUUCCAAUGGUAGCAUAUUGAACAGAUUUUCCAAAGAUAUGGGUGCUGUUGACGAAAUAUUUCCUGGCGCACUCUGUCAUUCAUUCCAGAUUGGACUCAUUUUGAUUGGAAUGCUCAUCAACGUUAUUGUUUCCAACACAGUAAUGGUUGUAGUAAUAAUAAUUUUUGGAUUCAUUUUCUGGAAAAUGGCCCAAUGGUAUAUUUCAACUGCAGCAGCCGUCAAAAAUCUUGAAACUACUG